CUCUCCACGAGCUUGGCACGAUGUAUCACCAAUACGAGUCUAAACCUGAGGGUGUACCAAUGCCGUUAAACAAUGCCACUAGCACUGAGGGAGGCUACAAGGAAGGUCGGCGAUUUGGCGGAGUUCUAAUCCCACACGAACACUCAAGCAGUGCCAAUGCGGGGAAGCGGGGUACGGCCGACAGUCGGGUAGCCUCGGUUCUGAACUGCUAUAAACAGGGCGACUAUAUAUGACGCCUCGUCCGGUGAGGACGAUGGUUUUACGUGCACUCGUGCGGAAUGGACGUCAAAGGACGUGAGCGGCCGUCCUUUGACUGAAAACUCAAGCGCUGUUACAGUGUUACCCCACACGUUCGGCACACCGGGCCAUGGGGUACUGCGCAUCAAGUGGCAGCGCAAGCGACGGGUAGUCGACUUGUCAGCCCUGCGUUAGGUCCGUUCCAGUCUGUGCCUGUCAUUCAGGUAGUUCUGGAAUUUGACUGGUCCGCUAAGGAUAGGCGCCCGCCAGCAUCGAAACGCGCCG